AUGCGGGAUGGAGAUGUAGACUUUUUCCUUGAGGAAGGGGACAAUACAACUUGCAUUCAAACGUACCUCAUGUCUCCUUUGACAGGUAUUCGUGCUUACAUAGGGAGGGAAGCUGAUGUCCCUUCAUCGAGUAGGCCCCGAGCAGCAGAUGCCCCUUUGACGAGUAGGGCCCGAGUACGAAGGGGUAGUGUUAGAGGAAUACACCCUGCUAGGCAGAGUGUUGGAUGGCCAGAUCUUCUGACUGAGCUGACAAGUUGGCAGUACUCAGGAGAGCCUUAUAAGAUUCCGAUUGAGCCCCCGUUGCUUGGUCACCGAUAUGUCAGGACACCCAAUUCACCCUCAGUCACACCUCUACCGAUAGGACCGGCGGUGACAGAAGCAGGACCAUCAGCGCCCUCUCCAACAGCAGGGAGAGAGAGAGGGGUUCCGGCACGCGGCCGAGGGAGGCGUCAGGAGCCUAUUAUGCGCGAUGACGAUGAUGAGACCAGCGAGGCCGAGACCGAGGAGGACGGGGAUCAGCACACCGAGUCAUCCGAGAGCGAAGAUGAUGAUACUGGCUCGAGUUCUGCUAGUGGAGACAAGGCUGAGCUAGGUUCUGAUGCAGAGGAUGACGACGACUCUGGUUCCGGUUCUACAUCAGGUUCAGACAGUGGAGUGGAUGGGGAUAGCUCUGCAGAGUUCGCUCUGCUGAGGAAGAGGACGAAGAGCGCCUCUAGAGCUUGA